AUGGCAAAAUGGAAAAGGAAAAGGGGACAUGACCCUGAACCAGAGAAGUGUCAGGAAGAGCUCUCACCACUUGGUUUCUCCCUAUUGGAGCAAUUUGCCAAUGGUGUGUCUGGGCCAGCCAUCCAAAGCAUUGCUUUGGCUGCUACAAAGAGUGGUGUGGUGGCCCAAGAUGUACAGGAAAUAGCAAGCAUGGGAAACUAUGGCAGGUCUGAGAACCAUGUGGCCACCCAAAUGACCAGGAGGUUCUGUGAGUCUGAUGAGCUUGGUGUGCCACAGCCUUACAUUGUCGAGCUUCCAAACCAAGCUAGGAGCUCUGAAGGCUGGUACAUGACCAGCAAGCCACUUGGCAUGUUCCUUCCCCAUGAGUGGUUCAGCUGGCUGGAGAACCAUAAGGAAGCCUCAGGCUUUGCUCACCUGGAAGCCUUUUGGGAGGAGCACAGUGCUGAUGAUCCCAAGUUGGCUGGCAACCCCAUCGUGAAGGAAGGGAGGCAUCAUUUCUUGCCCAUGGUACUCCAUGGUGAUGGUGGCCAAUUUCACAGGGGUGACUCAAUCCAUGUGAUCAGCUUGCGCUCUUUGCUUAGCAAAGCAAAUGUUGCUUCCUCUCAACUUUUGCUCAUAGCAAUUCCCAAGCAGUGUUGCCACAAAAGCAGCGCAGCUCAUGAUGAUACCAUGGCCCAAGUAUGGUCUAUCUUCAAGUGGUCACUGAACCACAUGUUCUUUGGAAAACACCCAGAAGUGGACCAUCUUGGCCAACCAUGGCCUGCAAACAGCCCAAGAGCUCUCAAGGCUGGCACUGCUUUGAACACCCAGGGCAAGUGUGGCUGGCUCUUUGCUGUUUCAUGUGAUGGAGAGUAUCAAAUGAAUGAGCUAGGACUUCCUGGCCAUGCUCACAAUGCUUGCUGCUGGAUGUGUGGGGCAAACAAGUCAACUGUCCCAUUCAAUGACUUCAGGCCAUGUGCAGCAUGGAGGAAGACCAAAGUUCUUCACAAGGGCAAGUGCCCCACUUCUCACCAGCUGGGAGAAGUCAAUGGGGUCACCGGUGACACCUUUGCCUUGGAUACACUUCAUGUCAUGGAUGAGGGAGUAAUCUCCCACACUCUUGGAAAUGUUGUAUUCGAUUUCAUCUGCAAACCUGGAUGGCCAGGGACAGUGGACCAAAAGCUGAAAUCUCUAUUUGACAAGGUGUGUCAACAGUACUUGGAACAGAGCAUUGAAGCUUCCCACAGGAUCAAGAGACUUGUCCUCUCAAGCUUCACCAACCCAAAGUCGAAGUAUGAGGUCUUUCCAGACAUGAGUGGAAUCAAAGCCAAACAGCUUCGGUGGUUGCUUCCUGUGCUCUAUGAAAUAUGUGUGACUGAACUUGGCAAGGCUACAGAUGCUUACAACAAACACAAGCUGGCCUGCCUUUACAACCUGAACAAGGUGUAUACAAUCAUUGAUGAGCAGGGCUUGCACAUGGAUCGAAAGGCCCACAAGUCCUUGCUGAAGAGCAUGAACUUGUUCUUGGUACACUACACAACUCUGAGUUCUUUGAGCAUAGAGCAGGGGUAUCUCCAGUGGAAUACGAUCCACAAGCAUCACCUCAGUGCCCAUUUAGCUGAACAAUCAGAGUGGGUUAACCCCAGAUUUGUGGCAACUUACCAAGGCGAAACAAUGGUUGGAUUUAUGUCUGCCCUAGCACAACAGUGUUUAAGUGGCACACCAUCACAUCAGGUGCCUUUGAAGGUGUGCUGGAGAUUCAGGCUGGGACUACACCUCAGGCUGACUGGUGGCAAUUUGGAUUUGAUGUCUGAUGAGGAGGAUUCCAACUAG